AUGCGUGCAGAAGACGUUGAAAAGCUUGUGAAUAACCGACUUCGAGACUUAAAGAUUGGCGGAAAUUUUGAAGAUGCACUACGCAUUGGGGUAGACCAAGCAAACUCCUCACAUUUCACCGCCAAAAUCGAGCAGGCUGCUCCCCCGAAAAGAUUCUCAACGCCCUCUUUCACAUGCUUCAAAGGCGAUUCCGACCCUGAAAGUCAUCUGAAGCAUUUCAAGAGCCUUAUGAUCCUCUAUAAAGCCGAAGACGCUCUAAUGUGCAAGGUCUUUGCAAUGACUUUGCGAGGAGCAGCUCAGGAUUGGUUCCAUACCCUGCCAUCUGGGUCGAUCAACAGCUUCAAGGAGCUUACUUACGUCUUCACUAAAGAAUACACUUCUUAUCGGACGAUCAAGAAGAACCCUGACCAUCUAUUCAACCUACGCAAGAAGCCCGAGGAAUCCCUUCGAGAUUACAUCAAGAGGUUCAAAGCAGAAAAGGCCAAUAUCGUAGGGUGCGAUGACCAAAUCGCAUCCUCUGCGUUCAAGAAAGGUCUUCUAGCAGAACAUGACUUAUAUCGCGAGCUGACUAUCACUCCCAGCCAGACUCUGGCGGAGGUCUUCGCGACCGCAGAACGCUACGCACUCUGGGAUGACGAUCGAAUCGCCGCGAAGAAGUCCACUGAGCAGGAAGAUCGACCGGCUAAACGGGCAGAACAAAGAGGCGACAGGCUUGGCAGCAGGGACAAAGACAAAGCGCAUCUCGAAGAACUCGUGAGAGAAGGUCAUUGCACGGAGUUCAUCGCGAAGCAGGCCAUCCAGCAGAUAAAAGACCGCGAUACUGCCAAGGAGCCACCCCAGAAGGUCAUAAGGAUUAACACAAUCCUAGCCGACUCCGAGGAGUCCGGACUGACCAACAAAGAGAAGAAGAGGAAGAUCAAACAGGCUACUAUGAUCUCCCAAGUCUCAACUAGCCUCUCACUGGCAGAAGACGAUCCCGUGAUCGGCUUCCAAAAGAAAGACUUGAUCGGCCUGGAUCUACCGCACAACGACGCCCUUGUCAUCAGCAUUCAAAUCGCUCAGGCCAUGGUCGACCGAGUCCAUGCAGAUGAGGGCAGUGCAACCAACAUCCUAUAA